CUCUGCUGGGACGGGAGUGAAUUGCUGGAUUGGUUCAGUCUUCCCGACAUCGCACCGCAUAGCCUGAUAAGUAUUUUUCACAUGGACGGCGAUACUUUCGUAGUUGUGGCGCACGAUAAUAUCGUCAAAUUGUACAAAUUUCACAGUACGUCCGAUUGGAAGAGCGAGAAUGUUAAACGUUUUAAGGAUAACCAGAAGAUAGUCGAUAUGACGGUCUUGAUGAACGAACGUACGAUGAAUGUAACGUUGGUCCUUGCAGAAAAGGAUGUGUACUGGGUGGAACAGUGGGAGGCUGAACUGACUUCGAUACCAAUAAAUAACAACGUGGGGGAUACCGAUGCAACAAGAAGAUGCUUUUCGGACUUGAUCGAAACAUUACAAGCGAGAAUGCCGGCCAUAAAAGAAGCUGAGGCUUCCUCGAAGUUUCUCUUACCAUCUGCAAAGAACUUGACGAUUUUAGAACCAGUGAACUUCGACAGUUUGAUCUUACAAUCCGGCACGAUAGACAGCAUAGAGAUUGCGACCGAAGAAGAUAUUCUGCCACCUCAUCAGAUUGCGAGAGCUCUGGACGAGCUCGACCGCAAUGUCCACGACGUCGUUCAGGCAAGACAGUCAAAGUCGGAGCAAGAAAUGAGGGCAAUUGCGGAUAUGUUGGAAGGGUUCGAGAAAAAUAUUGUAGCCAACGAUGUACAUCUGGAAGAGUUGGAGAUCGACCAAAAGGAGAAGAUGAUCCUCCCGGAGGGCGAACAAUACUUCACACAUCCAUUACGCGCGAAAAGUAUCAUCGUGCAAGAUCUCGAAGUUGAAUCUCUCUGCGGAAUAACGCCCGAGUAUUGGACGUUGCAAAAUGACGAGGGAAUCGCAUCUGCUAUUGCAAACAGCUCCGUCGAGUAUACAGACGACACCGUUAUAUUGCAUUCCAAUUUGACAAUACCGAAGUUGAAGAUUAAAAGCCUGAACGGGACAGUCAUCGAUCAGCUGAUCGACGAUCUAUUCAUCAUCAAUCGUACUCAGAAAAUCAAAGGUACAAUCACGUAUAAGAACUCGCUGGAAAUUAUGAAUCUUACGACACAGAUGGUGAACGGCGUUUCCGCUGAUAAACUCAUGACAACGACAACAAAUCAGAGCUUCGACGAUUUCUAUAUCAAAACGUUACACAUUGAAAAUUUGUAUGCGGAAACAGUUAAUGGAGUGCCAGUUGAGGAAGCUGCGCGAAAAUCUCGUGAGAACGUUAUUAAAGGCACAUUAAAACUGCCGAACCUUUACGUCACCGAAAACUUCCACAUGAACGGCUCUAUGAUAAAAAUACCCGACAAGUGGCUUCAGAUCUACCAAGAUGUCACGAUAUUUGGUGAUCUGCACGUUCAGAACAUCAAGGUCGAGAACGCAGCGGCGCUCUUCGUGGAUGACGUCCCGGUAAACGUGAACGACAUGUUCGAUCGAUAUUGGACCAAAUCCACCGAUCAGACGAUCACUGAAAAAAUCACUCUGGAAGCUGGCAUCACUAUCGACGAACUCAAUACGAGGUAUCUCAACGGUUUCGCGGAGAGCGACUUUCUGUAUACCACGAUGGAGGAGAUACCGAGCGAUUUCACUAAUCUGCGCUUCGAGAACUUAAACGUCGAUCAGUUCCUCCACGAGGACCGUCCCAACGACAGUUUCUUCGAAGUUGAAUCAAAUUCACUAACGAUCCGCGAAAAGUUGCACGUGGAGACUCUCCGAGCGAAAGAUAUCAUUACUCUGACUUUCAACGGCGUCAGUGUGGACGACAUCAUGAACAAGACUCGUGCGAAUUUCUCAGGAACCACGAACCUUCCCACUGUCCAAGCGAAUCGCGUGUUCGUCGAUAAUCUCGAUGUUCGUCUUCUCAAUCGUCGCGAAGUCUUCUUCGAGGACGGACUUCUUCACAUCGACGACAAUCAUCAGCUGACAAUUUUGAAGGUACCAGAAUUCCACGUACGAAACUUGGAAAUAGAAAGAUUGAACGGGAUCGAGAUGAAUCUGACGCGAUUGAAGGACCUGACGAGUAAAUCCGAUCUAAACGCGAUCGUCAUUGACGGUGACUUGACGGUGGAAAACCUGACGAUCGACCAAGUGGACGGGCACUCGACCGAGAGCUUCUUGGAGGUACUGUCGCGGAGCGACAUCGUGAUAACGUCGGAAAGGAGCAUCGAGUACUUGUCCGUUCAGAAUAUAACAUUGGAGUCUCUUCGUGGACAGAACUUCGACGAUCUGAUCGCCAGCGUUCUCUCAAAAUCGAAGGAACAAACGAUAACGGGACAAUUCUCCGCUCACGUUAUCACCUCCGACAACGUCACACUGGAUUUCAUCAACAAACAGAACGCUUCGCAGUUAAUGUGGGUGGACGAGCCUCUAACGAUCACGGGCAACGUAACGUUCUCUGAUCUGUUCGUCGAGGGCGAUGUGAUUACUCCAAAGAUGAACGGACGCAACGUACGCGAGUUAUAUGACAGCUUAUUGUACAUUCCCGCGAAAAAUAUCGAUCUCUUGGAGGUGCACGAAAAUAUUUCCUGGGACACGCCCUCGAUCAGUCCUGCCUCCGUCUCUUAUCUGUUAAAUAACGCCGUGACCAAAGAUAGGGAUCAAAUUAUCACAGGAAAUGUGACUUUUGAGGAGGACGUUCGCGCGUGGGCGGUCAACGGUAAUUACAAAGACUUCGAGCAAAUUCGAGAUGUAAUAACGGACGCCGUAAUCGACGACGGAGAACGCAUCGAGAUAAACGGAAAGACUGUCUUCGCGAAAGAUUUCAUCGUGGACAACCUGGUGGUGAACGGCGAUCUGGGUAUUGCCAAGAUCAACGACGUGAAUAUUCUCGAGUUCAAUGAUUCCGUCGUUAGGCAGAAUCGCGAGGACACGAUUAUUGUUGGUCCACUGACGUUCCUCACGGAUAUCACGGUCGAGAAGCUCUACGUGAACGACGCCGAUGUUAACGCGUCCGUCAACGCCGCGGUCCGUCUCAACGAAGUUAUGCCGGAUAAUAUUUUCUUCGAGGAGCUCGAUGUGCUGGGCGACGUGUAUUUACAAAAUUUGGACAGGAUAGAUUUCGACAAGUUUGUGAAGGAUCGUGUCACCCUUAAAGGAGAUCACGAUAUCUCGUGCGACGUGAAAUUCAACGGUAUCGUUACGGUAACAGGAAAUGCGGAUAUAAAGAAAAUUAAUGGAAUUCACCCAUCCGAUUUUGUCCUAAACGAUGUUGACGAGAUGCAAAUCAUAACUGGCACAAAAACUUUCGAGGAGGAUUUGAUAUUUGAUGGAGAUGUCGUUGCGCCACGAAUUAACAAUGUCG